CUUGGCCCUUGUCCCUACCUUCUUUAUACUUAUUCCCCCCUUAUCUCCUUUACAUAAUCAGGAAUUGCUGCAAUCCACUCUUGAAUCUUGCUCUGGGGAAGGUCUUCCCAGCAUUUCUCCCAUCUUACUCUCAGCUUCUUUCUAUUACUAGUAGGUCCCCGCUUGGUAGUCUCCUUUUUCAUCCAAAACCAGGCUUUCUCAAUUGCAUUGAGAUUAGGUGAGUUUCCUGGCCAAAGUAUCUUUAUAAU